AUGGAAUCAUCCUCAAUCCCCAAAGGCUCUAUUCCAGGGCCAAUCGCCCUAUCUUCUUGGCUUGAAAUAAAUUCAAAUAAUUUGAAGCCUCCUAUCAAUAAUAAAUGUUUAUACUCUGGGAAAGAUUUUAUUUUGAUGGCGGUCGGAGGCCCGAAUACAAGGAAUGAUUAUCACAGUGAUAUGCUGCUAAAGAUCGUUGAUGAUGGGGAGUUCCGAGACGUUAUAAUUCGAGAAGGAGAAACAUUCUUGGUCCCUGGAAAUACGCCUCAUUCUCCAAGGCGAUACGAGGAUACAGUUGGUCUGGUCAUGGAACGCGCACGUCCACCAACCUGCAUUGAUCGCAUUAGAUGGUACUGUGAAAAUAAAGAGGCACACCAAAGCCAACCGACAAUCAUUCGGGAGGUUUCAUUUUACUGUGAGGAUAUUGAAACACAGGUUAAGGCUGUAGUUAGUGAUUGGAUAAAUAAUGAAGGAGGCCGGAAGUGUGGGGCUUGUGGAACAGUUGCACCUCCUCACUAG